AUGGAGGUGAAAGGAGUAAGGGUUAAGGUUCUGGGGAGGGGAUCGUAUGGGGUUGUACAUUUGGUCCAAACAGUAGGUUAUGUUCCUCAGUUUUAUGCUGUUAAAUCUGCUGAUGAGACAAUAUCGUCGUCUCUACGAAAGGAACAUCAGAUCCUUCAACAGUUUAUCGGUUGCCCCAACAUUGUUCGGUGCUUUGGUGCUUUCACCAGCGUUCGAAGGGGUGGUCAAGGAAACGUUUUCAACCUGUUUCUUGAAUAUGCUUCAGGAGGCAGCCUGUUGGAUUUGAUGAGGGAUUAUGGAGGUAAAAUACCUGAACGAGAUGUUAAGUGCUAUGCAAGGAUGAUACUGGAAGGGCUGGUCGACAUUCACAAGAAAGGAUGCAUUCAUUCUGAUCUCAAGCCAGGUAACAUUCUGGUUUUUCCUCCUCAAGAUAGUAUUGGCUUGAAUACUUUAAAGAUUGCGGAUUUUGGGUUAGUUAAACAAUAUGGGGUAGAAGAUAAAAGGAUUUGGGAAUAUGGGUUUUGGGGCACAGCAAUUUAUAUGUCUCCUGAAUCUGUCAUUGGAGAAGUUACUGGAGCAUUGGAUAUAUGGUCACUCGGCUGCAUCAUCGUUGAUAUUAUACUUCACGAAAAUGAAGCUAACAGGAAUGAAAAUUAA